CCCCCAUUUUCAGUGCUGGGCAACUUAUUGAGCUAACCCCAUAAAAUCCUUAUCAGCAGUCUGCUUCUGUCCCUCUCCUUCCCCUAUCUCAUCUUACCCUGCACUAUUUGAUUCUUAGGAGGCAGCUCAAAAACCACUCCGGUAUGGCAGCUGGUGCUGUAUUCCUGAUCACAGUCCUAGCCUCUUGUCAUGGAUUCAACCUGGACAUCAAACAUCCCAUUAUCUUCCAGAAGAAUGUAGCUAGUUUUGGGCAGAGUGUAGUCCAGUUUAAAGGCUCUCGGCUCAUGGUGGGAGCUCCUUUGGUAAGGGUUUCUGCCAAACAAACCGGGAGACUCUAUGAGUGUAAAUAUGACACUAGAAGUUGUCUACCCAUCCCUUUACAGAUCCCCCAGGAGGCAGUGAACAUGUCCCUUGGACUCUCUCUGGCUACUGGUACAAACUCUUCACAACUACUGGUCUGUGGACCUACAGUACACCAAACCUGUGGGAAGAAUAUAUACAUGAAGGGUUUUUGUUUUGUGCUGGAUUCAAAGGUACAACAAUGUAAGACAAUUCCAGAAGCCCUACAGGAGUGUCCAAAGCAAGAAAAUGACAUUGUCUUUUUGAUUGAUGGCUCUGCCAGCAUUAAUUCCGAUGAGUUUCAGCAAAUGAAGAGUUUUGUCAGAGCUGUAAUUGACCAGUUCAAAGAAACCAACACACAGUUCUCAUUGAUGCAGUAUUCAAACCUACUUAAAACACAUUUUACUUUUGCUGACUUCCAAAAGAGCACCGACUGGGGAAAGCUUGUGGAUCCAAUUUUGCAGCUGAAGGGUUUGACCUACACUGCCACUGCCAUCAGAAAAGUAGUAACUGAAUUGUUUCAAAGCUGGAAUGGAGCUCGGAAGAAUGCCACUAAGAUCCUCAUUGUAAUCACGGACGGAGAGAAAUUCAAAGAUGAGCUACAAUAUGAAGAUGUCAUCCCCCUAGCAGACCAGGCAGGAAUUAUCCGAUAUGCAAUUGGGGUGGGAGAUGCUUUUGAAUAUGACAAAGCCCGGGAGGAACUGAGCAUAAUUGGAUCAAAACCUGCAAAAGAGCAUGUGUUCUGGGUGAAUAACUUCGGUACUCUUAAGAACAUACAGGAACAGCUUCAAGAGAAGAUCUUUUCUAUUGAGGGAACUGAAUCUAGAAGCAGUAUCUCCUUCCAACAUGAGAUGUCUCAGGCAGGCUUCAGUGCUGCCCUUACAUCUAUGGGACCAGUCCUAGGAGCUGUGGGGAGUUUUGACUGGUCUGGAGGUGUCUUCUUAUACUCCCCAAAUCAAGAUCCUGUCUUUAUCAAGACAUCCAAAGAAGACAUGCAUGAUGCUUAUCUGGGUUAUUCUGCUAUGGUAGCCAUUUGGAAUGGAGUUCAGAAACUUGUCCUGGGGGCCCCUAGAUACCAGCACACAGGAAAGGUUGUAGUCUUCACCAAUGUUGGUGGCACCUGGGAGCAGGAGACUGAAGUCAAAGGGACACAGGUAGGAUCCUAUUUUGGAGCAACCCUGUGUUCCAUUGAUGUGAACAGUGAUAACAACACCGACCUGAUCCUCAUUGGAGCCCCCUAUUAUUAUGAACAAAACCGAGGAGGCCAGGUGUACAUUUGUCCCUUUUCUCAGCAGAGGGACAAAUGGAACUGUGAAGUUGUUCUCCAUGGGCAGCAGGGGUAUCCUUUUGGACGUUUUGGAGCAGCACUGGCAAUAGCAGGGGAUACAAAUGGGGACAAAAUAACAGAUGUAGUAGUGGGUGCACCUGGGGAGGAAGAAAACCAAGGAGCCAUCUAUCUGUUUCAUGGUGUGUCUGAAUCUGGUUUCAAGCCUUCCUAUAGCCAGAGAAUUAGUGGCUCCCACCUUUCCCCCACACUUCAGUAUUUUGGACAGUCACUGAGUGGGGGACAAGACCUCACUCAGGAUGGACUUGUGGAUGUGGCAGUGGGAGCCCAGGAACAUGUGUUGCUGCUCAGGACAUGUCCAAUACUGAGACUUGAAGUAUCAAUAACAUUCACACCUCCAGAGUUAGCAAGAUCUGUAUUUGAGUGUUGGGGACAAAAGGCCAUCAACAGAGAAGCAGGAACUGCUAUAAUCUGCUUUACUAUUUCUAAAAGUACUCCAGAUCAUCUGGGUGAUGUCUCUAGCUCUGUGGCUUAUGACCUUGCUCUGGAUGCUGGGCGGCUGAGUCCUCGUGCCAUAUUUGCUGAAACAAAGAACUGGACAUUAAAUAGAAUUAAAACUCUGGGUCUGGGGAAUUACUGUGAGAAUGUGAAAUUGUUGUUACCAUAUUGUGUGGAGGACUCAGUGAACCCCAUCAGUCUUCGCCUCAACUUCUCUCUGGUGGGACAACAUAUCUCUUCAUCUGAGAACCUCAGACCUGUUCUAGAAGUGGGUUCCCAGGACCUCUUUACCUCCCAUUUCCCCUUUGAGAAGAACUGUGGAACAGAUAACUUCUGUGAGGAUGACCUUGACAUUACAUUUAAUUUCUCUGGUUUACAGAUCCUGGUGGUUGGGAGUAACCUGGAAUUGAAUGUGACAGUGACAGUGACAAAUCAAGGGGAAGAUUCUUACAGGACCAUGGUUACCUUCUUAUAUCCCCCAGGACUGUCCUAUCGAAAAGUGUCAAUAACUCAUAAUUGGCACCCUCAGCAAUCUGGACGUAUUGCAUGUGAGGCAGCAAUGCCUGAGAACAAGGCCCUGAAGAGUACUGGCUGCAGCAUCAAUCACCCCAUCUUCCAAGAAGGAGCUAAGGUCACUUUUGUAGCAACAUUUGAUAUCUCUCCCACUGCCACUCUUGGAGAUAAGAUGCUCAUGAAAACUAAAGUGAGCAGCGAAAAUAACACACCUAAAUCCAACAAAACCACAUUCCAACUGGAAGUACCGGUGAAGUAUGCUAUCUACUUGGUGAUCAGCAGCAAGGAAGAAUCUACUAAGUACUUAAAUUUCUCUACUUCUGAGGAGAAGAAAAGCCAGGAGGUCAAGCACAAAUACCAAGUGAACAACCUGAGUAAGCAGAAUCUGCCAAGCAGCAUUAAUUUUUGGGUUCCUGUGGAACUAAAUAAAAUGAUUGUAUGGAAUGUGACCACAGUCAACUCCCCCCAGAAGAUUUCGUGUGUCUCAGAAAGGAAUCCCCCCAGGUAUUUUGACUUCCAGACCCAGAUUCAGACAAGCCCUGUUCUGGACUGUUCCAUUGCAGUUUGCCUCAAAAUUAGAUGUGAUAUCUCUUCUUUUGGUGUCCAAGAAGAACUUGACUUCACUCUCAAAGGCAAUCUCAGCUUUGGCUGGGUCAGCCAAACACUGCAGAAGAAGCUGAUAGUCAGAAGCUCUGCUGAAAUCAUUUUUAAUGAAUCAGUAUAUUACCAACUUCAAGGACAGGAGGCCUUUUUGAAAUCCCAGACAGAAACAGUCCUGGAGCAAUAUGAAAUUCACAUUCCCAUCCUUCUUAUUGCUGGCAGUACAGUGGGGGGACUUCUCCUGCUGGUGCUCAUAACAGUUGGGCUCUUCAAGCUUGGCUUCUUCAAACGUCACUACAAAGAAAUGAUAGAGAAAAACAUCCAGAGUAUCCAGUUCAGCAAUGAGGACUCCUUCACAGAUGAUUUGCCUACACUAAAGUAACUGUUUCUUCUGCCAAUCACUCAGGAGUGCUAUGUAUACAAUUAUACUCUCAUUUGGAUAAACUCAGAAAGGAUGUCAAACAUGAAGAAUAAUUUAGUUUUCCUGUCAUAUGAUAUCGAUUUCCCUAAUUAGUAAUGAAAAAUUUGCAACUUAUAUGUGUAUCAAUUUUUACAAAGGAGGAAACACAUGUGUGAAACUCCCUGUAUGCAAAUAGCUGCCAGCUUCCAUGUUUGCUCAUACCACACUACUAUUUGCCAUAUUAAAUGAGAAUGUGAAAUAUAUGCUUUCCGUUGUGUUUUCUUUUCAUGUGCCAAAUAUUUUAUAGUAGGAGUGUGCAAUUUUGCUUGUAUCAAUAAAAUGAUUUCUCUGUAUAACUAGGAAAUACAUAAGAAAUUCUAAUCUAUUAAUUAGCCUCUUUCACAUAAACUAUACUGCUAUUAUAUCAUUGAGAUUGGAAAUGUGUGAGGUAGAGUUUAAAAAGUCUGCUUUGCCACUGCACUCUAAUGACCAUGGGAUCUUCCCAUCUGAUUUGUAGCUAAAAUCAUCCAUAUAGUUUAUCUUCUCCAUUUAGAAUGUGGGCUCUUUAACAGCAGGGGUUGUCUUACUUUUCUAUUCGUAUCCCCAAUGUUUAUAACAGAGCUUUGAACAUAGUAAAUGUUUAAUAAAUGCUUUAUUCAUUCAUUCAAGAGAGAAUAGAAUGGUUGGGAGUUAAAGCUUAACUCAUUCUGGAAGAAGUUCAUUUUCAUGACCAGAGUAAGAUUUUGUGAGACUUAAAAAAAAAAGUCUAAGAAAAUUUCCUUCCUGAGAAACUAAAUUGUCAAGGAGAAAUUUUGAGAUGAGUGAAUUUAAUUUUUAUUGUGUAGAGAAGAUAUCCUGAAGAAAAUUCCUAAGAAAUUUUGACUGUUACACUGAGGGAGCUGAGAUUAUAGUUCAAGUAAAAUGUAUUAUGAAGAAGUCAACAGUUAAAAUUGAAGGUUAGAGGUUACUAGCUGGGAUUUUUCUCACAAAUGAUAUCUUGUUGAAAUAUUUAGAUAUGCCUUUGUGUUGUUUGUUACAAUGUUAUGUAUUGCCAGUAACAUUAAUGUUUAUUUAAACCAAUGAGAUUAGAGAAAUUGAUAUUGAUAAAGAUGAGCAAAAACUGGUGAGUCAAAGAUUCUCUUUAGUUGGUAUAUAAACUGGGGGCUCAGAACUAUUUAAUUUAUAUAAGAUUGCACUUCUAUAAAUUUAUGAGGCAAUAUCAGAGCAAUCCCUCAUCCCUCAGCAUGGGAAUCA